AUGGCCGAUUCGAUGAUCGACGAAAUCUCAAGCGGUGGCUUCGGGAGGGUUUUUCUGUUAAGAGCCUACAAUCCCCCGAUAAUCAUGAAAGAAAUCCUGGUUGGGUCGGAUUGGUUGGAGCCGGAGACAGAAAUGAGUAUUCUGAAAGAUUUAGUUCAUCAGCAUAUCGUCAAAUACCUUGCUCCACCACUCGAUUUCUCGUAUACUGGAGAGAACUAUCCGAUAUUUAUGGAAUACUGUGAAGAGGGAUCGUUGAAACACGCCAUUACCGAUCCAACGCUCAAUUACUCGAUAUCGACGAUAGUCAAAUGUGAAGAGGACUUGUACAAAGGUGAUGUCUACUCGACUGGUUUAGUUAUUUGGGAGCUAAUCGAGAGAAGGAAUCUCAAGGAACCAGUUGAAUUCAUCAGUUUCUCUCCAACUAGGUGCUCGAAUGUUAAAAAAGUUCAACUACUUGUCAUCAGCUGUUCCUGUCCUCGAACAAAAAUGAUAAAUCGAUGGGGUAUUGAGGAAGCGUUUAGGGAAACUGUUAAGUUGAAGGAGAUCUUCAACUUCAAUGAGCAACCGGAACGACAAAGAUUCCAACAAUACUUGAAAGAACCCGAUGGAUUAAACUUUUUAAAACACGGCGUAGAGAAAACGACAAAAGUGAUCGCCACGAUAUCGAACAAUAUCGCAAAGAAA